CUGGAUUUCACAACGAACCUCAUCAACCGCGACUUUCACAUCCACAAAGUACUUGCCAUCACGAUCUCACGGCAGAGCUUCUCUCAUACCACACUGAAAUCUACAAACGAUCUUAUCUUCCACAAACUACCUUCAAAAUGGAUCGCAUCAAGGAGGUGAGUCCCCGAUUACAUAACCCCGCCAUUUGUGUCAGGAUCUGCCUGUACCGGCAGGCACAUCCAGCAGAUAUCUCAUCAGCUUUCAUGGAAGAGGAAGGGCUAAUGCUUUCUUUUUCCCAAUAGAAAAUGAACUCCCUCCGCAUCGAGGCGGACGAGUCGGCUGCUAAGGUGGAGGAGCUCCAGAAGCAAAUCAAGACCCUUGAACAGGAGAACCUCCAAAAGGAGCACGAAAUCACCUCUCUCCAACACAAGACCACUCAGUUGGAGUCCGACUUGGAGUCCGCUGAGGCAAAGAACAAGGAGCUCAAGGAGUCUGCCGAUGCCAGCGGUGGCCAUAUGUCACAAAACGAGGCUUUACAACGAAGACUCCAACUCCUUGAGGACGAGGCCGAAGAGGCUGACAAGAAUCUCCGCGAAACAAAUGACAAGUGAGUUAUAUGGACUUUAAAUACCCGGACUUAUGACCAGCAACUAACCCCUUAUAGGCUCCGCCAAACCGAUGUAAAGGCUGGCCACUUUGAACGCAAGGUGCAAGCUCUGGAAGCCGAGAGAGACCAGUGGGAGGCCAAGUUCGAGGAUAUGUCAAAGAAAUACGCCGAUGUCCAGAAGGAGUUGGCAGAUUUCCAACUCGAGAUUGGCAACAUCUAAGCUUGCAGCGGUGUAUGAGUGGAUAUAGGGGGCUAUUAGAAGUGCAGGUGCCUUCCGGACGGGCUGCACUUGGCGUAUUUGAGCACGUUAGUGAUAUACCUCUCAAGCGCUGGUGGUGGUAUUUUUGUGUUCUUAGGGGUGCUUGCUCCCUGUUGAUUUCUCUCAACAAAUUCACA